AUGAUCGUGCCUUUACUGACGGCCCUCUUCUUUCUAAUUUCUCCGUCAGCGCAGCAACACGAUCCUCUGCAAGACUUUUGUCGCAUUUUCGGCCACCAAACGACUCUGGUAGAUCGCAAAAUCUACAUUGAUGGAGGGCUUGUUAAUUGGGAUUCGUCGGCUGGAGCUCAGAAUUACAGCAGUCGAUGGCUUAGGCAAAGCGAUUUAGACCGCAAUAAUUCCGGAUUCCCUCAAGAAUUCAACCUCGGCGAAAAAAACAGCUCCGUUCCUUCCGUUCAUGGAGGAGUGCUCUGGCCGGAUACUGCCAACAAGAUCGUGUAUUUGUAUGGCGGCGAACACGCAGAUGGUCCCCCAGCCCCGUUUUCUCUUUGGUAUUACGAUAUUGUCUAUAAUUCCUGGAACAAAUCAAAUGCAAGCGUAACAGAUACUAAACCGGACACAGUUCGGGCUUCUUGGGGUGCGGGUGCCGUUGCGCAAGAUAGAGCGGUUGGGUACUACUACGGAGGUUGGCUAUCCAGCAAUUCGGUUCCCGGCUAUAUUGCUCAGACGCCGCUAAAUUCUAUGCUCAUAUAUAACAUGAAGAAGAACUCAUUUCGAAAUCGAACUGGUCCGGACGAUACUCCUCGCGCCGAAGGUGUGAUGGUAUAUAUACCUGCAGGAGAUGCAGGAAUGCUCGUAUACUUUGGAGGAAUCGAGUUUCCGUACGGAAAUUCUACGAGAGAAGGAGUGAGCAUGUAUUUGAACGAGAAAAUAUUUCUUUAUGAUAUUGGGAACGAUAAGUGGUACACCCAGAACGCAACCGGCGAUGUCCCCGAAAUGCGUCGCAGGUUUUGUGCAGGCGCUGCGUGGGCUAAUGACAGAUCCUCGUAUAAUAUAUACUUCUUCGGUGGCGCCUCUGUAAAGGAGGGUGUUGGAUUUGGAGAUGUAUAUGUGUUAAGUUUACCAUCGUUCAGAUGGAUAAAGUUCUGGCCGAGACCGGAGGAUAAUGUCGGGCAAACCUUCCCACAUCAUUCACUCACCUGUGAUGUUAUAGAGAACUCACAAAUGAUCAUAAUGGGGGGUACUUUUCCGAACUUGACCCUGUGCGAUGUUCCAGAAAUUCAAGGUCAGCAUGGCCUCGAUCUUGGGAAGGCGAACAAGGACCAUGCUAAAUGGGCGAUGUUCAACCCUAUUAUUACAACAUACCAAGUCCCAGAUGAAAUUUUUGCGACGAUUGGAGGGGGCCCAACAGGGGGCGCUACUCUAUUGGCUCCGACUAGCGGAUGGGGAGAGAGAGAUGUGAGCGUGGAGUUUGGGAGAGCAUAUACGCCGACUACAAGAACUCCGACUCGGUACAUA